AAAGAGAUUUAGUGAGGCAGCAGCCCUCCAGAACCCAGGGAUGAGUGCAAAACUUUCAAAAUAGAAAUUUUUUUGAAGGCUUUGGUACCCCCCAUCGGACGCGUCGGACAAUAGGAUGCCGCCCAAGCCCAAAUUCACAGAGAGCGAGAAGGUGCUCUGCUUUCAUGGACCACUCUUGUACGAGGCUAAAUGCGUCAAAUCCCGGCGCGAUCCGCAAGCCAAAGGCGAAUUCCAAUUCUUUGUCCAUUACCAAGGUUGGAACAAGAACUGGGACGAGUGGGUGCCCGAGUCACGGAUUCUCAAGAUCAACCCGGAAAACUUGGACAAGAAGGACAAGUUGCUGCACAAUCACCAGGCCAACGUCAAAGAGAAAAAGAAAUCGGCCAAAAACGCCAAGCCUAGUGGCGGCAGUGGUAGCGGAUCCAACACACCCCAGGGCGGUGGGGGUGGGACAGGCUUGGGCGGGUCCUUAGGGGGCUUGGGUCUGGGGUUAGGUGGGCCUGGCUCGGUGGGUAGUCGCUCCAACAACACCAGUCGUGCCUCUACGCCCGUGUCUGAUCGCGCCAGUAAAGGCGGUGGCAGUAAGCGCACGCUGGCCGAUGACGAGCGCUCUACCUCCUCUUGGGAAGACGAGACGCCCUUGAGCUCAGGCACGCGCCGGUCAGCGGCGGCCGCCGCCAAAAAGGCGCGCGGGGGCGUGGCUGGUGAUGAGGGCUCGGAGGACGCUUUGGCCAAUCGCAAGGUUCAGAUUGAACUACCGGAAGAGUUGAAAUAUGUUUUGGUCAGUGAUUGGGAUUUGGUCACGCACAAGCGGCAAAUCUUCCAGUUACCGGCCAAAGUGCCCGUGUCGGCCAUAACGGCCGAUUUUUUGCGCCAUGUCGAAAAGGGUGGUCAAAAUCGGACCGGCGUGCAUUCCGAGAUUGUGUUAGGGCUGAAGGACGUGUUCAAUGACAUGUUGGGCUUGUGCUUGUUGUACAAGAGUGAGCGUAAGCAGUUUGAGACCUUGAUGAAGGGUGACAAAAGUCCAUUUGAAUUAUAUGGUAGCCCGCACUUGCUCCGAUUCAUGGUCAAGUUGGGACCGUACUUAAAAUUGACGAAUAUUCAUCGUGAGCCGGACAUGCGAACCAUUGAGGGUGUGCUCAAGGAAUUCCUCGCUUACUUAGAGGCCCACCGACCCAAAUAUUUCUCGUCCAAAAAUUAUGUUGAUGCCACUGAGGGCUGAGUUAUCCAACAGCCGAGUACCUAUUAUUAUGUGUAUAUUUUCUUACCCAUCAUAAACUCGUGAAGAAUCUC